CAUGGAUGGUCGCAGAAAACCACGGAAUCGACAACAAACGUUUGAUCUCAACGACAUCAUUAAAGGGAAGCGGGAGAAGAAGACUGUGCAGAGAUUGGAUUUUCAAGUUGCAAAACCAAAGGAGCGUCUUAAGAUUGAAAAUGGCAAAGGAGAUAAACUGGGAGAUAUUGCAAGAGCAAACCACCAAAUUGGAAGGAUGAAACCUCCGGAUCUGAAGCCUCUCCACAAAAUUCUCUUUGAUAGACCUGGAGCUGUUUCAAAUAUGAGAAAGAACAUGCGACUUUUCAAUGGCUUCCUAUUUGAUGUCGACAGUGAUCUCUAUGCCAAAAAACAGAAGAUGCUGUUAAAGUUAACAAACACAAAAUUGAGGACAAUCUGCAAGGUGUUGGACCUGGAGAGGGGAGGGACCCAGUCCGUUCUUGCAGAGAGAAUCCUGACUUUCCUCAUGGCGCCCAAAAUCACAGGAAAGCUUGUAAUUUCGAAGAAGAAAAAGAAAUCCAAAAAGAAGAUCUCUUCCAAAGACUCCACAGGCAAGACCAAGGCCAAACCCAAGAGUGCUAGUCCCAGGAAGCCCAAAGCAGAGAGCAAGUCCAAAGCCAUUGUCACUGACUCCAGCAGUGAAGAUGAGGACGAGGAUGAGGAAGAGGACAAGCCAGGGGUCACCGCAGAGCUGGACGGGUCAGAGGCAGAGAAAAAGGGUGGGAAAGCUGCCAAAAAGGAAGAGGAGAUGUCCAGUGAAGAUACGGACGAUUCUGAUGAUGACAUGGAUGAAGAAGAGGAAAAGCAGGCGUCCAAGUCGAAGCCAGCCGCCAAAGGGAAGGCCACAUGUAAGAAGACCACACCUGUCAAGAAGAGACCGGUAAAGGUGACAGCUCCCCCGAAAAAGAAAUCAAAAGAGGUUGUGUCGGAUUCGGAGUCCAGGUCUCAAUCUGACAACGAAGACGAGAAAGACAGCGACAGUGAAGUUGAGAGAGCGACAAAGACAAAAAAGAAACCAGCAGCGAAGAAAGCGCCAGCGGCCAAGCCAGCUGCCAAGACUAAGAAAGCAGACAGUAGCAGCAACAGGCUGAAAAUAACCACGGACAAAGACGCAGUAGUUGACGACAACUCAGACGAUGACGAGCCGUUGAUCAAGAUGAUCAAGAAGCCUCCUUCGGACGAGCAGUUGAAGGAGAUGUUGAAGAGCAUACUGAAAGACGCCAACCUGGAGGAGAUGACCAUGAAGCACAUCUGCCAGAAGGUGUACGACACAUACCCUGCAUAUGACCUGACUGGUAGAAAAGACUUCAUCAAGAAGACAGUUAAAUUGCUGAUCUCUUAAAGAACCUUGGACAGUUAGCACCAAUGGUGUAAAUGAAUGUUCUGGAAAAGGAAUAUCAAGAGAAUGUAUGAAUCUAUGGUAUAACCGCCAGUCUAUCUCCGCCUACUUUGUUGUCUUUUUUUUCUUCUUUUUUUUAUACAUUAGUUUUCACUGUGUAAUCUUCAUUCCUGACUCUGAUCUUUUAUUUAAUUUUUUCAAUGUAAUUCACCAGCUAUUACGGAAUCUGUACUUUGUUUGCCACCAUUGUUUUAGAGAAUUACCUCAAUAAAUCAUAGAAAA